AUGGAUACACAAUUUAAUCAACCAGAAUCUCAACUAAAUAUUUUAAUACCAAUGUUAAUUAAAAAAAGUCGUAACUUGUAUUUGGGUAUUGAACAAAACGAAAAGUUGAGCUCAUCAUGCAUUAGUUUUUUAACACAAGGCAACUAUCGAGGGCAUACACUCAGACUUGUACCACUUACAUCUUAUCAAUUAGAACAAAAUCAAAAUCACUUGAUAGAAUAUUUUUUAAAUAUGGGACAUACACUGGGACUUAUACCACGUACAUUUUAUCAAUUAGAACAAAAUAAAAAUCACCUGGUAGAAUAUGAUCAACUCGAACUGGUACCAUUUAUUCAAAAUCAUUCCAGAGAAGAACUUAUUAGCACCACAAUGACUUGGCUUAAUUGGAUGCCACAUCUUCGAUUAUUGAAUAUUGAUACACAAAUGUUAUUGAAACUUGUGCCAACAAUAAAUCAUAGUGGUACAAUCAAUCGAUUUUCAUCCCUUGAAGAACUUAUUGUGCGUCAGCUGGAUAUCCCUCUAGAUGAAGAUACUUUAAGCGUGAUUGUUCAAUUGAAUACUUCAUCAUCGUUGCGUGACAUUCGUAUUAUAGAAUAUAAAGAAUUGGAUUCUCAAUCAAUUUAUAACAACAAGUUUGUUUCUAAUAUUUGCCAAAUUUGUUGUAAUAUGAAUAAAUUAGAAACAAUGACAAUUAGAUUCAAAAAUCCACAUUCAUUAUUUGAGAGCACCGUAAUAGAAGAACUUGCUGGUGUUGAAAAGAAAAACUGUCGAUCUGAAUGUAUCUAUGUUUCUGAUGAUACUAUUCAGUUUUGGCUUGAAAAAUAG